AUGUCCAAUACUCACUCCGUCCGAGGCUCAAUCCCAGACACCGAGCUAGGAUUGACUCAGGGCGAGCUCCAGUUACUUCGAACCCAACAGCAGGCUAUGUUGGUGGCCCAGGCGCGCAGCAAUUCUGCAGGUCGCGGUAGAGGCAACAGCCGUCAUUCUGUGCCCUCGUCACGCGAUGCAAGCGCUGCAAGCAGCACUGGUCCAGGCAAUCGCCUUAUCAUGGAUCCUCGCCAUCUCCAGGCUUUACAGACUCACCUCGACAAUCUUAUGCGCACGAUUGAGUCUCGUAUAGAGGAUCUAGAAGAUGCCACUGAGCAGUCUGUCCGAUCGAGUUCGAAUCGCCAUGAGAGUACCAAUGCGCGAGCAGACCGCGAGAUCGAACGCAUGAAUCAGAUCAUGGCUCGCAUUGACAAACUCGAAGAAGAAUUCGCGAAAUGGAAACCACCGAAGCUAGAUAUGAACGCCACAGCUCUACCCAACAUUCCUCAACUCAUCAACACCAAACUUCGCACCAGAGUCAAGCCGCGAAAGACCGAGAUCGAUACGACCGCCAUCGAUGAGGUCCACUAUCACCCACGACACACCAUUUCACCACCAUCAUGUUUUCAAACUUAUGAUUUUGCUUCGACAUUGGCGAAAGAGAGACGGAAGCCUCACGGCACUUUUGUUGCAUCAAACCAUGAAUUUCGACCACGACUGUAUGAUCACCACAAGACGCUUUUAACGCGGCUUAUUGAAUUCUCUGGAAGUGGAAAGGACGCCUUGCAGACAUAA